CGAACCUCUUGAGCCUCUCCUUUCGGUUCAGAGCGAGGGAGGUCACCUGGUGCCCUACUUCCGUGGACCUCAGGUGGAUCGCCACCGACGACGAGGAAGAGCACCAGCAGCAGCAGCAAACAAUAAUAACAACAACAACAACAACAACAUGCGGCCACCUCGUGCGAAUUCUCGUCGCUCGUCAAGAUCGAUCUGAGUCGAUUUCCUCCUUCUGAGGUUCUGGCCAAUUCGAGACUACUCGGGUUCAGAGCCUUCGAGGCUCCAGGCUCCAGGCUCCAGGCUCGUGAAUUGCCAGAUUUGCUUCUACAUUGCACCGACAUGGAACGAGGGAGGGGGAGGUGGUUGAGAUUUUUGACGCGGGAAUUCGCUCGGCGGGUACUGUGAUACUCAUCAUCACACGCAGAAUCAUUCCGCAUCGGUCGCCAUGCCGAGUGGUCCUGGUCUCUGGCACUCACCGGGAGGGGAUGUCAAUUUCACCUCCACUCGAGGGAGGGAUGGUCUGACCAGAGUUUUCGUGGACGGAGAAACUGCUUCAAGUCGCCAGGAGCAGGAGAAUUGAUCGAAAUGGUGACGAGAACGGGAGAUUUUGGAAGCCCCAGGGCAGCAGAGAUGGAAUCAUGAAACCCGGUGGAAUAACAGUGCCGGCAUAAACUGAGAUUGAGGCCCCGGCCCCAGCAGGAAAAUAUGGAUCUUGCCUCCCAAUUCCAGGAGCAGAAGCCGGCGGACGGGAGGAUGAGUUGCAGUGGUAGAAUUGUCCACCAGUGAGAGAGGAGAGGAGAGGAGAGGAGACUGAGCACAUCCGACAGGUCACAAGGAUGUGAGAAAUGAACUAGCCCGGGCUCUGGAAUAACUCUGAUCCAUGCAGAUAUCGAUGGGGCCAUGCGAUUUCUUGUGCCACAUGCACAGACUCCUGCACACGUCUGCUCUACGAGGGAACUGGAGGAGUGGCAGAUGUUGAUUCCUGCAGCCGGGACUCAUGCAUCACAGCUCUCAUUUAAGCGCAUGCCUGCACCGUCAAAGAGCAAACGAUCCUUCGUGCUGCAGGAUCGGCUCUUCUCCCUUCCCAAUGUGAACUGAGCGAACGGAAGGGAAGGGGGGGACAUGAGACGAGGAAUCAGAAGCAGAAUCCUCGGAAAGUAAAUCUACAUGCGCACAGACUGGCAGAGCAGAUUCGGAUGACGCUGCAGCCUCUGCCUCGGCCUGUGAGAGUGAUUGUGCUGGUGCUGGUGCUGGUGCCGGUGCCCAACGUCAGCAGAUUCUUUCUUCUUCAUCAUCAUCAUCAUCUUCUUCUUCGUCUGCCUCGUCUCGAAAUGAGUGGGUGAUCGAGAGAUGAUGGAAGGAUGAAACCGCAGCUGGUGCUUAUGCGCAUACUGCGACGGCCUACAAGUCCAACGAUUCGAAGCAGCUGCCCGACUUCUCCUCGAUCAGCUGGUGUAGCAGCAGCAGCAGAAGGAGGAGGAGUAGCGACACCGGAUCCGGUCCAUCACACGGGAACAGCGCAAUGGGACGUGAACCAUCCGUUCCACCUCGCAGUGCUCGAGAGCCAAGGGAUUCUGCAGACGUACAUGCUCGAGACCUCGGAUGGCGGGGCCAAAGCCUUCCUGUACCCUUGCGUUGCUUUCCAGCUGCACCUGUCGUUCGGUGUGAAUGCUCAGGAGAGUGGCAACAAGUGUGGGGAUACGAGCAGGAGGGAUUGGGAUGAGGAGUUCAGCAAUGGGCUCAAGGCCAUCAAGCAGCCAUGGGGAUCGUUCGAGUUCAUUCCCAAAAGGCCCGGGGAAAUCAUCUUCGUCCAAGCCGAGUCGAGCAGAAUUCUCUUCGCCCAGCUGCCUGGAGGCAGUCCCCGAGGCUUGAUCUACUCGGAGGGAGCUGCCACUCAGAUCGAUCAGGACAGAACCAAGGUUUACUGCGUUGGCAGGCAUUCGUCCACCAUUUUGAGCAUCGCCGUCAGAUCCGAUGGGCUGGCUUUGGCUUCUGCUGCCAGGGAUGGAUGCCUUCGAGUGUGGAGGCUUUCGGAUGGCACCAUGAUUGCCCAGACUAUGUUCGCCCGCUGGAGGCAGCCCAGAAAUCCUGGCAUCGGCCGAGUUUCCCCUCUCAGAAGGCAGAACGACGAGAUAGACUGUGCCUAUCCUGCCCUCAGGGUGGUCAGCUUCUUCGGAAAGUCGUGGGACGUGGCCAUGGGUUGCCCCAGUGGCGAAGCCAGAACUUGGGCCCUCGAACCCGACGAGGGCUCGCCGCUGACCAUCAAAAGAAUUGCAGACUCUGCCACUCUCAUCUCAGGUAAGAGUCCCAUCUCCUCCAUCGCCCUCCACGUUCCCGACAUCAACUUCCCUCUACAGCAGCAGCAGGAUGAGGGUGAAGGCCCGGAGAGCUUGUCUCCGAGGCAGGCAGUCACUCUCCACGAGCGAGUCGCUGUUGGAACUGCUAAUGGCAAGCUGCAGGUGUGGACCAGACACAAAGUGCUGGGCGAUUGGGCUCCUACUUGGAGCACCACGGUCUCGACAGAGGGAGCAUCCAUCGUUUGUCUGAGCUUCCGAGCAGAUGGAGGGCUUCUGGCAGCAGCAGCUUCCUUUUUGGCCAAACAGCUCACGGAGGAGGAAACCGAGGCUCUGCUCCUGGCCUCUCCUCCCAAAAAGCUGAAACGAGUAUGUGAGCGUCUCUAUUUGUACGAGACAUUCUCGUGGGCCUGUGUGGGUUCUUUCAAUUUCAGCUCUCAGAUCGGCUCUUGCCUGUUCUAUCGCCCACCUUUCAAAGCGGAGGACAGGAAGGAUCCAACCAGCUGCGUGAGUCGCGAGAAGCUGUCCUCGUGCAGAGUGCUUCUCGUGUCCACUGCCAGCGGUCCUCAGACUCAUAUCCUUCCAGAGCACGGGCUCUUCGGCUACAAAGACGAUCACGUCCGCUACCGAAGACAGCAAUCCUUCUCCAGGAAGGAAUCGAAAACUGUUCGUUGGGCUGAUCUCAAACGAGACCGAGCAGGAGCACACAAAUCAUGCCCGAGCGAACAGUCACCCACAUUCGGGUCAAGCACGAGCAGCGAGCGAGACCAACUUCGUCCGGUCACUGCACGAGAUCUUCUGUGGACCCCCAACUCGCCCAUGGGCAGAAGUGAAGCAAGGCGCAAUGCUGCAGCUCUCAAACUUCGUUGUCGACCUCCCCCAAUUCGAUCGCGUUCUCACUCUCCUGCCAAUGCUGCAGCUUCUGCCGCUGGCGGGUGCAUGCACUCUGGCGGAGGAGGAGUGAGGAGGCAGCCUGUUCGCGAUCCAUUCCGAGAUCCUUCGUUGCUUUCGCUGCCUGCAGAGUGUGUAGGCUUGCCGAUGGAGGUUGUGAUGAGGUACAGGGCUGGACUCCGUCAGUGGCCUCCACAAGUUAAGAGCAGGAAGUGUGUUUGCUGCUCCAAGCAUGCCAGGUCCAAAGAACUUCCCAUUCCGUAUCCUAUGGGUCAAGUUGUCAUCCAGAAGCUCAAGAAUGUUGCUGCCAAACAGACCCCACCUGCCAGGCCUGCUGCCACCAGGAAAAAGCCCACAACUCCCCAAGCUCGCAGACUCGCAGUUGACAAAUCCACUGCUCUAGCUAGUUUGGCCACUCCCUCGCCCACCUCUUCACGUCCUCUCACUCCCCAGUCCAACAGAAGGAAAACUUUCCUCAGAGUAUCCCCCAGAGCCGUCUACUCCAGAAGGUUUGAUCAUCGUCCUCGCCGUGAGCACGCAGUUGUCUCCAAAUGUGGGACCGAGCUCUACGACGAGGACGAGGAUGAUUGUGCUUCUCUUGUGCAGCAACAAGUACAGGCACAUCCUUGUGAGACGACCACUCCAGAAGAACCUUCGAUUGGGGAAAAAGAAGAAGUAGAUGAUGACGAAGAGGAGGAGGAGGAGGAGGCGGAGCAACAGCAACAGCAGCUGGAGGAAGAAGAAGAACUCAGGGAGGCAGCAGCGGAACGUGGUCUGGGAAAUUUGACUGGCUCAUGUGGAGCAAGUCAUCGUACUGUACAGCAACAAAAGCACCGGCCGCUUGUGAUAGGAGGAAAACAUUAUUACACCACUGCAAAGUUUCAGCACUUCAAAGCGGGCAAGGAAAACUUUCAUGAUGUGGAACAGCUCUCCAUCGAUGCACCAGGUCAGCAGCAGCAGCAGCAACAGCAGCAAUCGAAUGCAGCAACUCAAUACUCCACGACCGGCAAGGACAGUCCUGUGCAGAGCCAGCCGCAGCAGGUGUUCACAGAUAGGAAUUGUCCACAGCUUGUGGGAGGUGCCAAUUUGCCUGACAAGCAGAUCAUUGGUGGUAACGAACUUGAAGAUUUUCUAGUAAGAUCGAGGUCCCCGUUAGCAGUGGUAGGCCCAGCCGUCAGGGAGAUGGCCAAAGAGCGCAAGCUAGUGCAGCCGGAACCAUUUUCCACCACCAAGCUGAUGGCAAGGCUGCACGAAAUCGAGCAGGAGACUUUCAGCGUGGAUGCAGCUCUCGAAGUCGCUAAGCGCAGAGGCAUCGAGUUGAAUAAGGAGGACGAAAUGGAGCUCAGGAAAGCUCUAGAAGAAGAGAACCAGCACGACACGGUUGCUCCCAAAGUGCCGGAACCAGAAGCACCAGCAGCAAGACCGACCUCUGUUCGUUAUACCCAGCUCAAGAAAAUAAAUGAUCCACGAGUUGAACAUCCUGGUCCUUUCCUAGCUCCAAGGAAGGUGAGAAAGCAGGUGGAUCCCAAGUGGGAAGAUAUGCGGAUAAUCAAGCCCACUCUGUCAGACCUGUUCGACAUGAAAGAACGAUGCGCCCAGGUGUGCUCGCCUGCACCAGCUGACAUAGAUCACAGCGUGAUGUACGCCGGAACCGAGAGGGACGUCGAGGACAGCGAGAUCUGGGCUCAGAGAGAGGCGACUUGCAGACAUGCCUGGAGCUCCCAGGCUCUGUACGACAGUUACUUGUACAGACCGGAUCAACGCGACCCGCAGUGCGCCUGCAAUGCCCGAGUCCAUGUUCGUCGGUAAUACGCACGACCGCAUGCACCCUACGUCCUGAGGUUUCCCACCCACAUGACCGUCAAAUCCAAAUUUCGAGGCGGCGGAUGUGUGUAAUUCCGAGCCUGCAGCCAGUCGUCGACAUUUACGUCUGAUAACCUGGUGAUUUGCUCAGUUACCCAUCUCUGAGAAUCAUGUCAAGUCCGAAGCUCAUAUCCGAAGAUGCAGCAGUGGGCGAGUUUCCCAGUCCUCCAUGGCUGCUGUCUCACAUUAGAAGUUCACGCAAUGCUUGGUGCGGAUUCAACCUUAAGCGAGCUUGUCGAAUAUCUUGAGUUUAUACUCGUUUUCGACUCGUCGUCCGGAGAAGGCUCACGUGUUUCACAAUUCGCACACGUAUACAAAAGCUGGUUAUCUAAUUGAUAAAUACACAAAUGUCCCACAUUUCUGCAGACUUCCGCACAUGAGAAAAAGGAAUACCCAUGGGAAAGUGGGACUUCGUUGAAAACAAUCUGGGAGUUUGUACAUAUCGGUAUAAUGCCGAGUUCCUAAGGCUGCUAACUAUACUACACGCUUUAGACGAUCUUCAGAUCAUGAAAAAAAUCAUCUGACGAUGCUGCAUUUGCUGAAUCGUAAAGCAAAACUCGUUUGCUGAAGGACCGCAGGGCACGUUUCUCUUGCGAAGAAGCAGGCUGAACAAUCACGACCAGUCCACUAAUUAGCGAUCGAUCAAUCAUCACAAGAAAUGCUUUGGGCAAAUUUUGAACAAGAAAGCUUCGAUGGAAGAUACGCAAACGUACGAAGCUCUUUCAAGGGACAACAUGGAGGAGGGUAAAGAUCAAACUUACAAAAGACUUUUUGUUCAGAAGAAUGUCGGUCACAUAGUGGAUCCAAAAGCAGUUGGUCUUGGGGAAACUGCAUUAGUCAAGAGAUGGGACCAUGCAUUAGAAAAGAUAGUCUAAACAGCACAUGCAUUUUCUCCAGACUCAUCGCAGCAACUUUCAAUGAGAUGAGCCCCCAAGUGGAGGUCUGACUUGAUGAUAUACCUUCCUUCCCAAUGGCCCUCGGUCAGAUUCAGCAUCCUUCGGUAAGUGUCGGACUGCAUUCACAUCAAAAUCAACGUAGUACUAGUCGUUAGCCAGAGUACCGAAAGAACAAAACCCGAGGGCCUUAGGAGAGUCUAUGAACGAGAAACGUCCUAGUAAUGUGCGAAUGUGACUAGGGCCUGUACAUACCUGGACAUCUCGUGUGGGACCUUCAAAAAGCUCUGGAUCAUUCGAUAGAUUACAGAAAAACACUUGCUUGCCUGCAAAAGAGACCGAUCAGUUCUUCUCGCAAUGUUAGCAGAAGACCAUCCAAAUCCAAAUGCCUCCUACACAAAGAUUUGAAGUUGCUCACGCAAGGAGGGCCGGUUCUCUGGAGUUAAAACCGUAACAAUCCAACCUUCAUGUUAGAAACAUCAAAAUUGUAGAGUAGCUCAACUGUUUUUCAUGGUAUCAUACCGGUGUCAAUACGUGACAGGGUGAAGUCAAUUAUUGAGACGGAAACACCAAAUGUUUUGACGCGUAUGUCUUUAUCCAGUAACUUGUAGUAGCCAUACUCAUUUUUGUAAUCUCUAGCUAGCACGAUAUUUCCC